CACAGGUUAUACACAAUUUUAUAAUGCCAUCGUGUUCUUUCAAAAACUGUAAAAGUACGUCGCGAAAUAAAAAAAAUGUAAGCUAUUUUUCAUUUCCAAAAAAUCAAGAAAUGAUUGCGAAAUGGAAAAUACUUUGCAAAGAAAACGUCAACCCAAACAACGGUAUGUAUAUAAUACUGACAGGUGAUAAAUGGAAUUUAACAAAUUAAAAAUUAUAAAAUAUAAUAAAAUUGAUAAAAUACAUUAUUUAAAAUUUGUUUAUCUAGCUCGGGUUUGUUCCCAACAUUUCCAUUCUUCACAAUUCAAAGAUCAAUCGUGGCUACUUGGGCUACUACCUAACUAUAGCCCUGUGAAAUCUCGGAAAUUAAAACUUGAUGCAAUUCCAAUGGAAUUUGUAGAGGACAAUGCAACAACUGUGGUGGAGAAGGAUUUGAGUAUGUAUAUAGACAUUACUUCUAUUGAUGUGAAUAGAUUUAUGUUUUAAGUGAUUAUAUAUUAAUAAUGUAUAAAUAAUACUCCUGUCUUCCAUACAAUAUAUUAAAUAUACUUUCAGGAACAGAAGUAAGAGAAUGUACACACGUUGCUACAGACUGUGUUGCAUCGAGCUCUGAGAGUUUUGUGAUAUCAACGCUUGCAAAUGAAGUCACAUUAAGCUUCACAAAUGAAGAAGCAUCAUGCUCUCUGACUCAAGUCGCAUCGAGCUCUGAGACUCCAGAUACACCAAGCUCUGCGAAUCCAGUUGCAUCAUGCUCUACAAGUACAAGCAGUGAUAACUUUAGUUCAAUACAAGUUCCUUUCAAUCAAGAUGAUAUACAAAAACUGAUACGGGAAAAUGCAGACUUGGUUCGCCAAAAUGAAAUUCUUCAAAAUAAAGUUCUUCAAUUGGAUCAGAUUAAUAAACUACAUGAGAAAAAGAUGAAGAAUAUUAAUAAAGGACACGAGUAAGAGAAAAACAAAUUGCAAGAGAUGCUAAGUCCUUUUUUUACACCUGGACAAGUUAAACGCUUAAUGAAUCCCAUGCAGAAGUUAACCCGUUGGUCUUCAGAGGAUAUUGCAGCUGCAAUAUCAUUAAGAAGCGUAAGCCCGAAAGCUUACAGAUAUUUGCGAAAAAACAAAAAGAUUCCUCUUCCAGCACUGUCAACCCUCCGAAAGUGGGUAGCAUCAUUCAACCUUGAUGAAGGAAUUCUUACUGACGUCUUGCUGAUUAUGAAAUAUAAAGGUGAAAACAUGACAGAGUUCGAGAAGGCAACAGUGAUCUGUUUUGACGAAAUUCAUUUGUCAAAUCAAAUGGCAAUUGAAAGAAGGCAGGAGAGAGUUAUUGGCCCUCAUAAAAAAUGCCAAGUCGUUAUGGCUCGUGGGUUAUUCAAAAAAUGGAAACAGCCUGUCUUCUACGAUUUUUACCAAGAUCUCACUAAAGAAUUAUUAUUUAAAAUAAUUGUCCAAUUGUAUAACAGUGGCUAUACUGUGUUCGGAAUGACUUGUGAUCUGGGACCAUCAAAUCAAAAUUUAAUAAAACAAUUAAAAAGUAAUAUAAUGGAAAAUGAGGAUGAAACAUACUUUGAGCAUCCGUGCGAUGAAAAUGUAAAGAUCCACGUUUUUGUCGAUGCUCCUCAUUUAAUGAAAUUACUUCGAAAUCAUUUUUUGGAUUCCGGAUUACAUGUAGAUGGGCAUUUUGUGACUUCGGCAGCCUUGGAAAGGUUACUUCAAAUUAACAGUGGGGAUUUGAAAAUUGCAUUCAAGCUGUCGCGUAUUCAUUUAGACGUCAAAGGAACGCAACGACAAAAUGUGAAACUCGCAACCCAAAUUUUCUCUGCGACAAAUGCAUCUGCAAUUGAAUGGUGCGGUUCGUGAGGAUGGAUAAUUGUCCAGAAUGGGCUGCAACUGCUACAUUAUUAAAAAUGUAUAACGAUUGGUUCGAUAUUUUUAAUAGCGUUUCUAAAUACGGAAAUAAUCCUGGACAAAAUGGAUAUGGUGUUGAUCUUGUGCAGCAAAAUAAUAUUCUUGCCAAAGUCACGUCAACAACUAAACAUAUGAAAGUUGGUAAUCGACAGGCUUUGCUUCCUUUUCAAAAAGGAAUUCUCAUAUGUAAUUCGUCAUUACGAAACCUGUACUAUGAUUUAAAGAAGAAAUUCAAUUCAGAAAUGUCAUAUGUAAUUACAAGUCGAUUGAACCAAGACGUAGUGGAAAAUCUUUUCUCGUACAUACGAUCAAUGGGAGCAACAAAUGAUAGGCCCACGGCAUUAGAUAUUCGCUACAGACUGCGGUGGUAUAUAUUGGGAAAGCAUUCAACGGACUUCUUCACACAAGGAAGCAAUACCAUCGCUCAUGACUCAAGCAUGGACGAAACGUGUCUUACUAGUGGCAUUGAUUUUGACUCGAACGUAAUGUCACCGACCGACGAUGAUGUUGAGGGUAACAUUGGUAGUAUCGCUAAUUUUCAAGACGAUUUACCUGAUGAUUGUGAAUCAUAUACUUUUAAUGAAGAAAAUGCUGAUUGUGGUAAGUUUGUAUCUUAAUGAUAAUUAUUACACUUUCAUUGUUAAGUAUUAAGUACGAGUAUGUUUAUGUAAUAUUGUGGUAAGACGAUUGUAGAUUAAUUUUUAGCAUAAUAUAUCUCAUUCUAAUUAAUUCAUAGUUUAAGGUAAUGUAAUAUUUUAUUCUAAUUAAAUUGUACUUUAAAUUAGAAUAGUAGUUUAAUUACAUUAUUGUAAGCAUACUCUAAUGUACUAUUAUAAAAGAAUUUCAAUUAUAUAUAAUUUGCCUUACUUUGUAAUUAUUACAAUUAUUAAUUGUGAUCGUAUUAUUAAUUAGUGACGUGGGCAAUCGAGUUUCAUUCAUAUA